UGACACGAAGUUUCGUGUGGUGGCCAAGACUAGACCAAGAUCUAGAGGAGGUAGUGAAGACUUGCACAGCAUGUCAGAGUAUACGGAAUAAGCCGGCUCAGGUGAUGUCACAUCCAUGGAUCUACCCAGAUGCACCCUGGACUCGCCUUCAUGUGGAUUUUGCAGAGUUCAAGGGAAAGCAAUAUCUUGUUGUAAUUGAUGCAUUUACCAAGUGGCCGGAAGUCCACGAGCUUGGAAUACAUGCCACUACGACUCAGACAGUGGAAGCAUUGAGGAGGUCAUUCAGCUGCCAUGGAAUCCCUCAAAGGCUAGUUUCAGAUAACGGGCCUCAAUUCGUGGCAAGAGAGUUUCAGGACUUCGUGAGAGCGAACGGGAUUAGACAUCAAAGGACACCUCCGUAUCACCCUGCUUCGAAUGGGCAGGCAGAACGGUUUGUGCAGGAGCUCAAGAAGUCUCUGAAGAUGAGGCCACCAGAUCGGUCAAUUAGUCAUCAGAUUUCGUUACUGUUGUUGAAAUAUCGAACAACCCCAAACACUACUACUGGGAAGACACCAUCAGAACUACUGAUGAAACGUGAGCUGAGAACACGGUUGACAUUAGUACGACCAGGGAGUGGACGACAAAUUCGAGACAGGCAAAGUGAGAGAUACGAAGAAGCAACAAAAUACAUUAGAAAUCUCAACCCUGGAGACACAGUGGCAGUCCUCAACACACGUCGAGAUGGCCGAGGGAAAUGGCUGACAGGAAUCAUCCUACAGCGCUUGGGACCAACAAACUACAUGGUGGACGUGAACAAUCACCUCCGAUAUGUUCAUAUCGAACAUAUCAGAAGACGAGAUGAAAGGAGUGUACCUACUGUCAUAGAGACAUCAGAUGAGGUGGAUACUGAAACAACUACAGAUAUUACUUCUAAUCCACGACCAACACUUGAACAGACAGGACAAACAGAACCUACUAGUCCAGCGAGAGAAGCACGACAAGCAGAAGAACCUGUUACAAUAGCCACACCAUCUCUUGCUGAGGGAGCUACAGCCGAAGUAAGAGGAACAUCAAGUGGAACUGAUCGACGUUAUCCAGUUCGAGUUAAUCGUCAGUUACCCCUCCGAUAUAGACAAAGCUAAGGAGAGAGGAGUGUGGUAGACUGAUACAUAGAUUGAGAGGAAAGACAGCACUUCAACUAGCUGAAGAGGAGCAACAUCAUGAUGUCAAUGAAGUUUUGAAAUCUUGGAAUGAUAAAUCAGUCAAGACCUCAUCGUCAUUGCCUGUCAACUGUAAGUAAAAAUAAAAACAAUUAUUACGACAGUUUGCUGAGUAGUCGUGUUUAUAACUUACUAACACUAAACAUAUCACAGGCUUGUAGGCUGCUUUAUGAAUGGGAGAGUUCAACUUAGCCUCGCAAGCUAAGCCAAUGUAUUUGUGUAGCCCAUUAACAUUGACGUUAUAAACUGCAGUCCUUAUCAACAUAUCAACUUCUCUACUGGUAGUUACAUGUAUGGAACAAGACACAAAAUAUACUUGAAGCUGUAACAGUGUUUGUGCAGCUCAGUCAGCAUUAAAUGGUAUUACACA